CUCGCCGCUAGAGGGUCGUUGUUGGCUGUAAGCUGUGUAGCCUGCGCCGUUAUUGUUUCUUCAAUGGCAUUACUGGAGCUGAUGUGUUACUUGUGCGUGUUAAUCGUGCUUUAGUCGGGGCCCGGGGGGCCCUCUUCACGACGUCUGACGGGCUUACCGCGUGCGUCUCGCAGCGAUGGCAACGAUAUCCACGGCCGCGCCGACGUCCGCCGACGCUUGCCUCAGCAUCGUGCACAGCCUAAUGUGUCACAGGCAGGGUGGUGAAUCUGAAAGCUUCGCUAAACGCGCAAUCGAAAGCUUGGUCAAGAAGCUGAAGGAGAAGAGGGACGAACUUGACAGCCUGAUCACGGCGAUCACUACAAACGGUGCCCAUCCGAGCAAAUGUGUGACCAUACAGCGGACUUUAGAUGGUAGGCUUCAGGUCGCAGGAAGGAAAGGUUUUCCUCACGUUAUUUACGCUCGCAUCUGGAGGUGGCCCGACCUCCACAAGAACGAGCUGAAGCAUGUGAAGUACUGUCAGUACGCAUUCGACCUGAAGUGUGACAGUGUCUGCGUCAACCCCUACCAUUACGAACGGGUCGUAUCUCCCGGUAUCGAUCUCUCUGGGCUGACUCUCCAGCAUUCAGAUGUGUUUGGUGGUGGCGACGGUCAUUAUGUCAAAAACGAAUAUGGGGAUUUGGAAUGUGGCCCCAGUGGCUUGCAGCAUGUUCCACAGACUAUCCAGCACCAUCCAUCACAGGCGUCAUCACAGCCGUCAGCGACAGACCCCUACGGACGGCAGAUGCUGCUUUCUCCGUCUAGUACAGGGCCUGGUGCAACGUCUCCGAACGGCAGCCUCGCAAGUCAAUCGAGCCAGUCGGCGGUCAAUCCGGUCACUGCAGCUGUUCCACAAGCUGCCCCUUCCAGUGUGCUUUCUCCGCAGCCAGUGCCAGGUGUGGUAGCAGCCGCACCUUCCCAACAACAGGCCCCUCCGCAGGCCGUAACUGCCAAUCCCGUCACGCAGCCGCCGUCCAGUACAGCACAAGGGAGCACUUCCCAGCAAGGAUAUUUUGGCGCCGUCUUGGACAGUCAGUCUUUGAUCCAAGCACCCACAAGCUCCACCAGCAUAGAUACGUUUAGUUCUCGUGAUGCACCGUCCACGUCUUCAGUGGAUACAACCAUCGCUCCUCUCUCCCCACACUUACGUCAAAAUGGAAUGAACGGAAUAAACCAGCAGCAGUCAAUGCAACCAUUUUCAAGCACAGGUGGGGGCACGUGGACGGGCAACAGCACCCUGUCGUACACACAAACGAUGGUUCCCCCCGCCGGCACGGACAACUCGUUACGGCAGCAGCAGCAGCAACAACAACAACAACAGCAGCAGCAACAGCAACAACACCCAGCUUUCUGGCAGCACCACUCCAUGAUGCAGCAGGACUUGCCAGUACAAGGAACACUAUCAAACCAACCUGCUCCGGAGUACUGGUGCUCAAUUGCCUACUUUGAGCUUGACCAGCAAGUUGGCGAGACAUUCAAGGUGCCGUCGUCUUUCUCUGGUGUAAUCAUUGAUGGCUAUGUGGACCCAUCUGGUGGGAACCGCUUCUGCCUCGGGGCCCUCUCCAACGUUCACAGAACGGAGAAGAGCGAGAAAGCGAGGUUGCACAUUGGCAAAGGAGUGCAGCUGGACCUGCGUGGCGAAGGGGACGUGUGGUUGCGCUGCCUUAGCGACCACAGCGUCUUUGUGCAGAGCUACUACCUAGACCGAGAAGCUGGCAGAGCCCCCGGGGACGCUGUGCACAAAAUCUACCCAAGUGCCUAUAUAAAGGUCUUUGACCUUCGGCAGUGCCAUGGCCAAAUGCAGCAGCAGGCACAGACAGCACAAGCAGCAGCGGCUGCCCAGGCGGCAGCAGUUGCUGGUCACAUCCCGGGCCCUGCCUCAGUAGGCGGCAUCGCCCCUGCAAUCAGUUUGUCUGCAGCCGCAGGCAUCGGCGUGGACGACCUUCGACGGCUGUGCAUUUUGCGACUGAGCUUUGUCAAGGGCUGGGGCCCCGACUACCCGCGGCAAAGUAUCAAGGAGACGCCAUGUUGGAUUGAGGUGCACCUGCACCGCUCGCUGCAAUUGCUUGACGAAGUGCUCCACUCCAUGCCCAUCCACGACCCGAGACCACAUGACUAGCCCCGUGAUCCCACCCUUCACUUCCCGCAUCCCAUACUUCCCGUGUCUCCAAAUUUUCAAUCAAAAUAAAAACGACUGUGAAGAAUA